GAACCACUUACCUGCUUUCUCCAGCAAAAAGUAUCUCACAGCUGACAAGUGAUACAAAGGACUGUUUGGCUCUCUUUCAGUCACCACCCAGACAAUGAUGACUAGAUUAGGAAAGGCAGAGCAUUCUUCGUUUUUGGUCUUCUCUCUCUGUUUCUGCUCGCUGCAAGGCACAGAAGGGUUUUUACUGAAGCACUAGAAGGGGACUUUUUCAGGGUCUAUUAGAAGAAUAUUACAUUUAAUAAAUGUACCACUAACAUAGCACAGGAGAAAGAGCUGAGACAAGAACUUCUCAACAGCCAUCACCACCUCUUGGCCAUCAGCCCCUGGAGAAGUCCACAGAAUGGCUGCCAGUGCUGCUACUGCUGCAUCUCAGCUAACUGUCUUCACUUACAGCAAUGAAAGCAGCUGCGACGUGUAUAACCACCACUUUGCAGCGAAAGUAAUUUUUUCAUUCUUUUACAUUGUCCUGCUGGUCUUUGGCUCUUGUGGAAACAUCCUUGCCCUUUAUGUCACCUUCCACCGAGGGAAGAAAAUCAACUCAACUGAUCUCUACUUAAUCAAUCUUGCUGUGUCAGAUGCCCUUUUCACACUUGCUCUGCCAGGAAGAAUUGCUUACUACAUCUUAGAAUUCCACUGGCCUUUUGGAGACUGGUUCUGCAGGGUGACGGCAUUCAUCUUUUACAUGAACACCUAUGUGGGCAUCUACUUUAUGACAUGUGUGAGUGUCGACCGCUACAUUGCCGUGGUCCACACUCGACGGCUUGGCAGAUUUAGGAAAGUGAGCCGAGUGAAAUAUAUCUGCAUGCUGAUAUGGUUCAUUGUGUUCCUGCAGACAAUAUCAUUGCUCUUCAGGCCCAUGACCAAGAAGAUAGGAGAUAAGCUGACCUGCAUGGAAUAUUUCAACUUUGAAGAAAUUCCUAAGCUGCCAUUUAUCCUUCUGGGUGCUUGCAUGAUUGGAUUCUGCCUACCAGUGGGGAUUAUAUUAGUUUGUUAUGUGCAGAUCAACCUCAAACUAUGCAGAGCAGCCAAAGAAAACCCUCUGACAGAUAAGAAUGGGCACCACAGAAAGGCUUUCACAAUCAUACUGGUUGUGCUCCUUGCCGUUGUGAUUUGCUUUAGUCCUUACCAUUUAAAUAUCAUUCAGUUCAUGGUCAGAAAGAUACUGUACCAGCCAUCUUGCUCAGCACAGAAAGCCUUCAAGAUGUCUCUUCAAAUCACAGUGGCUUUUAUGAACAUGAACUGUUGCAUUGAUCCAAUAAUUUACUUCUUUGCGUUUAGAGGGUACAAGAGAAGACUCCUAAGACUAUUUAAAACCAGUGGCUCAGCUCCAUCCUCCUCCACUGGAAAGUCAUAUUCAGAAAGCAAUAGCAACAGCCACAGCCACAACCAAGGAGUUUGCUCAUCCUCGGCUUAGCUAUAACAUUUUCAAUGUGUCCAUGUCUACUCAAAGCUCUUAUCUUAAAAUUACCCAUUGUUGCACUGGAGAAAUUCCAUAGGUGGCAGCAAAGGUGGGAGCAUAAGUAUAGACAAGUUGCUGGUGUCUUUGCCACUGUAUCAUCUAACACUUGCCAGAACACAAUGGCAUGGUACUAAAACCACCAGCACCUCUUCCACACUUAUAUUCCCACCAUUCAAUGGAGCUGACCCAGUGGCAGGAGAAGGGUAGAAGUCUUAAGGAAAGAGCUGGGUAUCGACAAGGUCUUAGACCAAGAUACAUAUUUUUACACAUCCACACACACAAUAUCAGAAGUCUGAGCAGUCAUUUUAUGAUUUCUGAAACUUGUUAUAACAGUAUGGUAUUAGAAAUUCAUUACAAUUUAAAAAUGUAUUUCUUACAGAAGUUUAUGGCUUGGAAUUCAGUAGAUGUGCAAACAAAUGGACAGAGUAAGAUCCUCAUCUUCUCAGUAGUCAAUAAAAUAAACAAUUAAAACAUAUUUACAGCCCUUGGAAAUGGCACGCACAAAACUGUGUUUUAUAUAGAGCACAGCUUCUUGAAAAUGGUAAAAAGUUUGUACGUUUGUUAAAUCUGGAAUGAUGCUCUGAAAUAGUAAAUAUUCAGGUAUUAAUCCAGUUAAAUUAAAGUGAUGAAGCAGUACCAUGAAACAUUUAAUCACACCCAGUGUUCUACAGCUAUUUGACAUGAAGCCAGUCUUCCAUUUUCCAGUCUUGUGAUUGAAAUUUUACUUAUUAGCAUCCACUGGACCCUGGGAGAUGGUUAAAAUCAGUAGCAGGAAUGUCCCUCUUUCAAAAGUCUGACCUCAUCUGUAUAAUCCCAGCGUAUAUAGAAUAUAUUUUAAAACUGAAACUGACUCAAAAAUUUCUCAGAUGAUGUAGUGACUUGAUAUGUCUGCACUGUGGAAAAAGACAAAACAGAACUGCAACUGGCCACAACAAUUCCUGUAACAAGUAAAUGUAAUCUAAUAAUUAGCAGUGGUGAGCUGCUAAAAAAAGCAGUUUGGACAUGAGGGGAGCUAAAUGUUUUCAUUCUACUUUCAAAUUUAAGAUUGUAAAUUUAUUUUGAAGAUUAGGGUCUAAGCAUAUGUUGGAUUGUCAAGUGCGGAAUAUUUUAACAAAACUAAAAGAUUUUCAGAAAAAAAUAGGUCUCUAUUUCUGCCCCCAUUCAAAAUGGUCAAAAGCAGUUUCAUUGUCUCAAGUUAUUCUAGACAAACCAUAUGUGAUAGGAGGUAACAUAGUGCAAUAUUCUGAAGAAUGUAGAUUUUAUAAAUUAUUUGGGGUCAUGGAUUCAUGAAAGAUAGGACCUCACCUUACAGAAUACACAAACAAAUCUUUCCAUUCUGUUUGGUGUAAAACUGGCCAGCUAAUUUUGUUGGAAGCUAUUUUUAGCUAUAAAUGUCUUUGCAAAUGAGAGUCAUGACAGAGAAAUAGAGACAAAGAAUUUAUGGGUUACAUAUGGGUCUAGAUGUAUAUAAUCAUUGACAGUAGAAUAAUAAAAAUGUAGGUCUGGAAGUGACUUGGUGAGACCAGCCCACACUGAGGCAGGACUAAGU